AUGCCUUUCCCAUCAAAGAACCUAAUAGUUACACAUUAUUCCAAUAUAUCAUCAUACAAUGUUAUAAAGAGGAGUUUUAUAACUGUACAAAGGAGCAUAACCUAUUCCAAAUUUUAUUACAAACAUAACUAUGACUCUCGUGGUUGUUUUAGGAAUAGCUCACUACAAUGGAGUCACUCGAGCCGACAGAUUCAUAUAACGAAACCAACAUUGACAAAUCCUUCCAAACCUAAAUUGAAUAAUGCCACUCUGCUACAUAGCUCUUGGAUACGAUCAAUUCCUAAUUUAUUGACAAUAUCCAGAAUAGCAUGUACUCCUUUUAUUGGCAAUUACCUUCUAAUGAGAAAUACUACUCCUGCUUUUCUUUUGUUUCUGUAUUGUUGCAUUACUGACUUCAUUGAUGGGUACUUAGCAAGGAAAUUUAAUCUGAAAAGUGUUGCUGGUACUGUUUUAGAUCCAAUGGCAGAUAAAAUACUAAUGAUAGUAACAACUUUGUCCUUGACAGUUGCGCCAGGUCCACAGAUUAUUCCAUUUUCGAUUGCAGCUGUAAUUCUAGGAAGAGAUCUGAUGUUGGGUGUGAGUGCUCUUAUAAUUCGAUUCACAUCAAUGAGAAUAAAAUAUAAAAGUUUUACAUGGGGAAAUUAUUGGAAUUUUUUUAAGUACCCAAGUGUGGAGGUACAACCUACAACUAUUUCAAAAUGGAAUACAUUUUUUCAAAUGAUAUAUUUGAGUUGUGGUGUUCUCUUAUUGAUAGUUGAAGAUAAAAUGUCAGAAAACGAAGAUGAAACAAAAGAGAGUAAACGUGGAAUUAUUAAGGAUGGUUUUAAAUACAUGGGUUAUACUGUGGGAAUAACGACAGUUUUAAGCGGCACAUCGUAUAUAUUUAGCAAAUCUGCAGUUCGAAUAAUAAAGUGA